GGGGAUGUGACAACUUAUUUUCUAACAGGUUACAGUUUCACCUGCAUACUUCCAUAAACGAACAUAAACGGGGAAAGGAGAACGCAUGAUGAGAGAUGAUUAUGAAGACUCUGUGAGGAGGUAAGUUCAGGUUAUGAAUUAAUGGAAAUGUUCUAGUCUGUGCCAUGCAUUUUACACUGUAAUUUUGAAGGCUUUUGGGUGUUGGGAAAAUUAAAAUAAUAGUUUCCAUGAUUUAUAGGAUAAUCAAAGAGUUUUGUGUUAUAAUGAAUAGCCUAUAUCAUAAGCAUAAUUCAACCCUAAAUUAUUUUUUUCUUUGCAGAGAGAUGUCGGACCACAAUAAGGGAUUAUUUGAGCGCAUGCCAUAUGUCAGACCCAUAGCGCUCGGCCUCUCAAUGGAUCACCAGAUCGCGCACUACAAGGACACGUUUGGACUGCCCUUUCCCCUGGACACAACAACCUACCUGGAUCCUGUGUACGGUCAGAGAUUCUCAGGGAGUCUCUCAUAUUUCCCAUUCCACAGCCACAUCGGUGUAUAUGACUAUUCAUUCGAACCAGCAUUCAUUCGAAAAAGGAACGAAAGGGAACGGCAGCGAGUGCGCUGCGUAAACGAGGGUUACGCACGUCUCCAGGAGCAUCUUCCCCAAGAGUUCGAGGACAAAAGACUCAGCAAAGUGGAGACACUGCGUGCUGCAAUAUACUACAUAAAACACUUGCAGAGUCUGUUAGAUGUCAACUUGUCCAGUGGUGGUGGGAUAGUUGAAAUGUCAGCUGGAGAGAUGCGCAGCGGUGCGCCGGUGCCAAAGAUGACAGAAUGCAACAGCGACGGCGAAUCAAAGAACAGCGACAGUUUCUAGAACUGUGUAAAAC